AGGGAGGCUGACUCCCAGGUUAUUUCUGUUAUUGCAGAAUUCGCCCAGUGCCUACAGUGGAAACUUUUCUUCUCUUUUCUGAACUGAAUGUUUCCCCAAACAUGAAGGCACUGUGCUUCUUCCUUUUGGUGGGAUUUAUGGAAGAGUUCCAAAUUAUUUUAAGUGCCUCCUCUCCAGUCAAUUGCCAGUGGGGUUCCUAUGCCCCUUGGUCAGAAUGCAGCGGCUGUACCAAGACACAGACUCGCAGGCAGUCAAUUGCUGUUUACGGUCAGUAUGGGGGCCAACCUUGUGUCGGAAGUGCUUUUGAAACACAGACCUGUGAGCCCACACGAGGAUGCCCAACAGAAGAGGGAUGUGGAGAGCGUUUCAGGUGCUUCUCAGGUCAGUGCAUCAGCAGAACUUUGGUUUGCAAUGGGGAUGCUGACUGCGAGGAGGAUAGCUCGGAUGAAGACAGAUGCGAAGGCUCAGAAAGCAGGCCUGCCUGUGACAUUGAUAAACCUCCUCCAAACGUCGAACUGACCGGAAAUGGGUACAAUGCACUCACUGGCCAGUUUAGGAACAGAGUGAUCAACACUAAAAGUUUUGGUGGUCAGUGCAGAAAGGUGUUUAGUGGAGACAAAAAAGAUUUCUACAGGCUGAGUGGAAAUGUCCUCUCCUAUACAUUCCAGGUGAAAGUAAAUAAUGAUUUUAAUUAUGAAUUUUACAAUAGUAGUUGGUCUUACGUAAAGCACACGUCAGCAAUACAUACAUCAUCUAAGAGGAAGAGCUUCCUUUUUUCAUCUUCAUCCUCUCGUUCACACAGUACUUCUUCCAGCAGCCAGGAAGUGCACACCAGAAAGAGUUACCAAUUGAUGGUUGUUCAGAACACUGUGGAAGUGGCUCAGUUCAUCAAUAACAAUCCAGAAUUUUUAAAUCUUGCUGAGCCAUUCUGGAAGGAGCUCUCCUACCUCCCCUCUCUCUAUGACUACAGUGCUUACCGAAGACUAAUUGACCAAUACGGGACUCACUAUUUGCAAUCUGGAUCCUUAGGAGGAGAAUACAAGGUUCUCUUUUAUGUGGACUCGGAAAAAAUGAAGCAACAUGGUUUUGAUACCUUGGAUAUGAAAGAAUGCUCUUCUUCAAAUUCCAAUUAUGUAAUUUUUAAAACAUCAGAAAGCAAAUGCAAGGACCUGCUAAAUGCAUUGAAAUCAGCUUCAGGAACCCAGAACCACGUGUUACGAGGAGUCCCAUUUGUCAGAGGGGGAAGUUCAGGCUUCAUAGCUGGCCUCAGUUUCCUAGAGCUGGAUAAUCCUGCUGGCAACAAAAGGCGCUAUUCUUCCUGGGCAGAAUCUGUGACUAGUCUUCCUCAAGUCAUAAAACAAAGGUUGACACCUAUAUACGAGUUGGUAAAGGAAGUGCCUUGUGCCUCUGUGAAAAGACUCUACAUGAAACGGGCCCUGGAGGAGUAUUUGGAUGAAUUUGACUCCUGUCAUUGUAGGCCUUGUCAAAAUGGUGGCAUGGCCACUGUGGAGGGGACCCAGUGUCAGUGCCAUUGCAAGCCAUACACAUUUGGUGCAGCAUGUGAACAAGGAGUCCUCGUAGAGAACCAGCCAGGAGGGGUUGCUGGAGGUUGGAGUUGCUGGUCCCCUUGGAGCCCCUGUGUUCAAGGGAAGAAAACCAGGAGCCGGAAAUGCAAUAACCCACCUCCCAGCCAGGGAGGGAAAUCCUGUGUUGGAGAGACGUUAGAAAGCAGGCAAUGCGAAGACGAGGAGUUAGAGCAUCUCCGAUUACUUGAACCGCAUUGUUUUUCUUUGUCUUUAGUUCCGACGGAAUUCUGCCCAUCACCCCCUGACUUGAAAGACGGAUUUAUCCAAGAUGAAGGUGCCAUGUUUCCUGUUGGGAAAAACAUAGUCUACACUUGUAAAGAGGGAUAUUCUCUGAUUGGAAACCCUGUCGCCAGAUGCGGAGAAGAUUUAAAGUGGCUUGUUGGAGAGAUGCAUUGUCAGACAUUGUAUCACCACUGUCCUUUUCUUUUAGAAACCCCUUUGACACGGGCAGAACCUGAAUGUCAGCCCUGGGAGAAACUUCAGAAUUCAAGAUGUGUUUGUAAAAUGCCCUAUGAGUGUGGAUCUUCCUUGGACGUGUGUGCUCAGGAUGGGAGAAGCAAACGCUUCUUGCCUCUGACAGUGUGCAAGAUGCAUGUUCUUGCCUGUCAGGGCAGGAGUUACACUCUUGCUGCCAGAGAGAGCUGUGCUCUGCGGGCUACGGCCGAAAAAGCUUGUGGAGCGUGCUCGCUGUGGGAGAAGUGCGAUGCCCAGAGCAGCAAAUGUGUAUGUCGAGAUGCCGCAGAGUGUGAGGAAGGAGGCUUCCAUGUGUGUGUGGAAGUGAACGGCCGGGAGCAGACGAUGACCGAGUGCCAGGCUGGUGCCCUGAGUUGCCGAGGGCAGAGCCUCUCCAUCGCCAGCAUCACGCCCUGCGCGGUGGAAACUCAGUAGGCUUUGCGGCCUUGCCUGGAAGCCAGCAGCCACCUGUGGCCAAGUUAAAGCAGGAAUGUAUGGGGGGGCCAGCUUAGAGGCCCAUUCUGCUUCUCAACUCCCAGCCAUGAAUAGAAGCACAAUUCUUUCUUGUCCCAAACUCCUGGAUACUCCGGUUCCAAUUUUUCAUCUUUCAUUUGCCCCUUUCAUUCCUUUUAAUGUCAGACUUGCCCUUGCAGGAAGGCUGUGUUCUUGGGAAAAGAUGCGAACUUCCAGACCUUAUGAUUUUAAUAUGUGACCUUAGACCACUGGGACUAGAGAAACAGGAAGGUUCCAUUCACCCCUAUGAUUCUAUUAGGGAUGAUUGAUCCAGCCCAGGGGCCAGAACACACUCUACACAUGGAUUAGGGGAAGAGAAAGAAAAGGAUCCCCUGGUUAGAGACGUCAGCUUGCUCUGAAUGAACCCAACGCCAGGCCAGGUCCUGGGGUGAAAAAGGACGGACAUGGUGAACCUCCAUCCCCAGGGGUGAUCUCACGGUUCCCUUACUGAGUCAAACACCACACGGAGGGUCCCUGGCUUGAUAUUUCAGGAGACAGAAACCUUUAAAUGUCAUCUGUCUUCCUGUCUGAGAAUGAAUACCAUCUAGCCGGUGCCCUAACCGCUGAGUGUGAUUGCAAAUUCGAGAGAACCAAUUUCCUAAUGCAGACACACUCUGAGUUGUUCAGGGGGCAACCAGGCAGGUGAGUUGGAAGCAUCCGCCUUCCGUUUGUUCCUCAUUCUUCCCUCGGCUACACAACGAUGCACCUGUGGGAGGUGAGAUGCGUGGGUUUCAAUGCAAUCUGAAAGGCACUAUUAUAUACAAAUAAUAUCCCUGUCUUUUUCUUUUGCUGAUUAAUAUACUAUCACAAAACUUUACUUAAAAUGACAGUGAUUAAAAAAAGCUCCUGGAAACAUC